AUGGCUAUGGGUACAGACAGACUGAUCUUGCUCAUCGCUAUCAUUGUAUUCAUCAAUACAUGUACAGUAUAUACUGACAAUUAUACGUUCUGUCUACUAGCCACGACUCGCACCUUCCUACCCUUCAGUGUUUACAGAAUCGGCGGUGCCGUCAACGUUGCUUUAGACAACAUCCAUUCAGAUAUACUGACCAACAUUACGCUGGAUUUUAUUUUCUACGAUAGUGGUUGCGAUAGCAGGGUUUCUUUAGACAAGACUGUCAACUGCGUUUUGAAUGACCGUGUUGCGGCAAUAAUCGGACCUGAUUGUUCAUCGGCGGCUCUAGCAGCGGGACUUUUGGCCUCGCAGUGGAACGUCCCAAUGGUCGGAUACAUUGGUUCAACAUCCUAUUUGUCCGAUAAAACAGUAUACGAUACAUACAGUCGGACUUCGUCACCUUACUCUAAAUCCUCUUUAGCUGUUAUAGAGACUAUUGAAGUCUUCGGAUGGAAGCAUGUGGGCGUUGUAGGGGGUGACACCGGUCACCUGCUUAAUAGUUUUGAAUCACUGAAACAAGAAUUAACGAGAAGAAACUUUUCCAUUGAAGCAAUUGUGUUUAAUGUCUAUGAUGAAUCUUUAUAUGAAGACAUAUUGAAUGAGAUCCUCUCGAAAGCGAGAAUUAUAAUUUUAGCUCUGGAUUCAUAUGAAGUUCGUCGUUUGAUGUUGAUGGUCUAUGACAAAGGAUACCUAUCAAGAGGAGAGUACAUGUUCAUUGUUGUCGAACCAUGGAACUUUGGAUCUUAUGAGGGCACCACGUGGCAAUGGGCAGACGACGGAAGGGAUGACGAUGUAGCUAAGGCGUAUGAAUCUCUCCUUGUAGUAGAGAGAAUAAAUUUCGAAGAUGACACCUACAAAGCAUUUGCAGAAGAGGUAAAGGAAAAAUUCAAAGAACCUCCUUGGUAUUACAAUAUGACAGACGUUUCGAGCGUUGGAUCACUAUCAGCUUAUCUCUAUGACGCCAUUAUAUUAUAUGCCCUUACGUUACAAAGGGUAGUCAGUAAUGGAGGAAACCCAUACAAUGGCACAAAUUUCUUACGUGAAAUGCAGCAUAUUGAUUUCUACGGCAUUAGCGGCCGUGUAACGAUAGAUAAAAAUGGUGAUAGAAACCAAGAUUUUUGGUUAUUCGGAUUUGAUGCUGCACAAGAUGAGUACUCCAGGGUCGCUUGGUACGACAGCUCUGGGAAGAUGCUCCGAUUUGUAACCAAUGCAACCAUUACGUGGCCAGCCGGAAGACGAGUGCCACCACGUGACAUACCAGAAUGUGGUUUCCAAGGAGAAUAUUGCAUAGAUUCAGAAAAAGGAACGACUUUCAUUAUAUUAGUCGUUAUGCCGUUAUUGUUAUUCUUCUUGGCUGCUGCGAUCAUUGCGUUUGUUGUUUAUAGAAGAGAAAAAAUCAAAUCCGCUCUCUUGGAUACAUCAUGGAAGAUAAAUUAUCAAGACAUCAUCAUACACAAGAACUGGAAGUCAAUACAUGGUAGUUUUAUAGCCGGGAGUAUUGGACCAUCACGAUUAAGAUCCUCGAAUUCGGCUACUGACAGUUCGAUUACUGAAAGCGAACGCCCACAACAAGUGUUCGCAGUAUGUGGCACUUAUGAUGGAUCAUCCGUAGUAAUAAAAAUGGUGGAACGUUCUGCUGUCAAUCUCAGCACAAGUCUACUGCUGGAAUUAAAACAGAUGCGUGACAUUCGCCAUGACAAUCUUAAUCAGUUCGUUGGUGUCUGUGUGGAUCCCCCAAACAUCUGUAUCGUGGAACAGUACUGUCAGAAGGGAAGUCUACAGGACAUUUUGGAAAACGACGAAAUCAGCCUGGAUUGGUUAUUUAAAAUGUCAAUUGCCAGUGACAUAUUGACGGGUCUCCAGGUGUUACACAAGAGUCCUUUGAAAGUACACGGUAAUUUGAAAUCGUCGAAUUGUUUGGUGGAUGGACGCUGGGUCGUCAAACUUGCAGAUUAUGGUUUAUGGGAGUUCAAGAAUUACAGGAGACAGAGAGAGAAGAGAACGGAAGUAGCAAUUCAUCAAGGGCUGCUAUGGACAGCACCUGAACUGCUAGUGGGUAGUAAUACUUCCUCCUGUCGAGAAACUAUGUCGCAGAAGGGUGAUAUAUACAGUUUUGGAAUUGUAUUACGGGAGAUAGUGUACAGGGAUGGACCGUAUGGGUAUACUGAUCUGGCUGCAGAAGAUAUUAUUGAUCGUGUAAAAGAUUCUUGCAAUGUGGAGCCAUAUCGCCCAGAGACCGACACGAUAUCUUGUCCAAAUGGAAUACGUGAGUUGAUGAUCCAGUGUUGGCAACAAUUGCCGGAAAAGCGGCCAGAUCUAACUUACAUAAAGAAGGUCAUUAAGGAUGCAAGUCCGAACAAAAAUGCGAGUAUUAUGGAUAACAUGGUUGCCAUGCUUGAAACAUAUGCUCACAACUUGGAGGAUAUUGUUACCGAUCGCACAUCGAAAUUGUCAGAUGAGAAGAGAAGAACUGAACAGCUACUGUACCGGAUGAUGCCAAGAUCUGUUGCUGAGAAAUUGAAGAAUGGUUCACCAGUAGACGCAGAGGCAUUUGAAGCAGUUACCAUAUUCUUUUCUGAUAUUGUUGGCUUCACAGCGAUAUCUGCUGUCAGUGACCCAAUGCAGGUUGUCAAUCUGUUGAAUUCACUAUAUAUACUUUUUGAUGGUAUAAUCGAACAUUACGACGUGUAUAAGGUGGAGACUAUCGGUGAUGCUUAUAUGGUUGUCAGUGGUUUACCAACACGCAAUGGAACAAGGCAUGCCAGUGAAAUAGCCACUAUGUCUUUGGAGUUAUUGAAACAUGUAAAUUCGUUUACCAUUCCACACAUGCCGGACGAAAAACUGAAACUUAGAAUUGGUAUACACACAGGAAACGAUCUCCUUUCCGUUUUAUUAGGUCCAUGUGUUGCAGGAGUUGUCGGUUUGGCAAUGCCGCGAUACUGUUUGUUUGGUGACACUGUCAACACUGCAUCAAGAUUUGAAUCGAGUGGACAAGCGCUUCGAAUACACAUCAGUAAUGAGGUGGUAUGUGCUUUAAAUAUACUGGGUGGAUAUACGUACGAAGAGAGAGGAAAGAUGGAGCUGAAGGGUAAAGGCUGCUUGAAGACCUACUGGUUAACUGGUAAAACUACUGAACCUAUGUCGAACACGCACUGA